CGGCCGCCUCCAUGAAGCGCAAGAGCGAGCGGCGCUCGGCUUGGGCUACCGCGCCCCCCUGCUCGCGCCGCAGCUCGUCCGCCUCUCCUGGCGUGAAGAAGAGCCGCAGCUCCACGCCGCAGGAGCUGCACCGCCUGGAGCAGCAGGACGACCUGUACCUGGACAUCAGCUUCUAUGCCGAUUUUGGACCACUCAAUCUGGCAAUGGUUUACAGAUAUUGUUGCAAGAUAAAUAAGAAGCUCAAGUCCAUUACAAUGCUGAGGAAGAAAAUUAUACAUUUUACCGGCACUGAUCAGAGAAAACAAGCAAAUGCCGCCUUCCUUGUUGGGUGUUACAUGGUUAUAUAUUUGGGAAGGACUCCAGAAGACGCAUAUAGAACAUUAAUCUUUGGAGAUACAGCCUAUAUCCCUUUCAGAGACGCUGCCUACGGAAGCUGCAGUUUCUAUAUUACACUCCUCGACUGUUUUCAUGCAGUAAAGAAGGCAAUGCAGUUCGGCUUCUUUAAUUUCAACGCAUUUAACCUCGUUGAAUAUGAACACUAUGAGAAAGCAGAAAAUGGAGAUUUCAACUGGAUAAUACCAGAGCGGUUUCUUGCCUUCUGUGGACCUCAUUCAAGAUCCAGGCUUGAAAGUGGUUACCACCAACAUUCUCCUGAGACUUACAUUCCAUACUUUAAGAAUCACAAUGUAACUACCAUUAUUCGUCUGAAUAAAAGGAUGUAUGAUGCUAAGCGCUUUACGGAUGCUGGUUUCGAUCACCAUGAUCUUUUCUUUCCGGAUGGCAGCACCCCUGCUGAGGCAAUUGUCCAAGAAUUCCUGGAAAUUUGUGAAAAUGUUGAGGGUGCCAUUGCAGUGCAUUGCAAAGCUGGCCUUGGUCGAACAGGUACUCUGAUAGGCUGCUAUCUCAUGAAGCAUUAUAGGAUGACGGCAGCCGAGAGCAUUGCCUGGCUUAGAAUCUGCAGACCCGGUUCAGUGAUUGGGCCCCAGCAGCAGUUUCUGGUCAUGAAACAGUCAAGCCUCUGGCUGGAAGGCGAAUAUUUCCGUCAAAAGUUGAGAGGGCAGGAGAAUGGACCCCUCAGUGCAGCCUUCUCCCAACAACUCUCAGAUGUUGAUGACAUUUCAAUAGAUGGGCUUGAGAAUCAAGACAAGCAAGAGCCUGAUCCGUAUAGUGAUGACGACGAAAUCAGUGGAGUGACACAAGGAGAUAGACUUCGGACCUUGAAAAGUCGGAGACAGUCAAAAGCCAACACUAUCCCCCUCACUCCAGCUGUUUCAAGGACUAAGAGUGUCUUGCGUUAAAGUAAAAACCCGGUGACCAGCACUCCAGGGAACAGAAAACCCCAGCAGGAUUUAGCCAAUCAUCCGAGAACAAAACAGACACUGCAAAAGCCUUAGUUUCUUUCCACAUGAGAAGUUCAUUCAGUGAAGAAAACGUCACUGGCCCCUCAGCCGCUCACUGACUUUGGGUUGUGGCUGAGCCAUUUGAGGGCCGGACUCUCCUUCUGUAAUCUCAAGUUGGAUGAAAGCUGCUGUUGACAGUUUAGUCUCAGGUGUCAACACCCAACCUCUCCACCAGAGUGCUGUCUGGUGAGUGUGGUAUACGUGUGUUCUUGUGAUGGCAAUCGUGUUCGCUGCUGGCCUUCAGGAGAGUGGAGGGUGUGCUGGAGGUCUCUUGGUGUAUUUAUUUUUUAUUCAGCCUGUGACCCCAUCCUGCAGUUUAUAAACGUGAAAGGAGAUGAGCAUCUCUCCAUUGGUACCCUCCGUUUUACGAUAUGAUUUGGUACAAUCACUUUCACUUUACUCUUGUUAAUACUGUUGUGAUGUUCACUGUGUGAAUUACCCAAGCUGCUUGUCUUUCACCAAAGAGUGCUUUAAUAACAAUCUGUGAAAACUGCAUUUAAACACUGUUAUGUGUUGUUGUGGUUACUAAAACCUGCUAAAGAAUGUUGGUAGAAUAUUUGAACCUUUUCUCAGUUGAAAGGUUACGUAAGUCCUUCCUGUGUCAUUUAGGAUGAAGAUUUCGGGACUGGGACAUUGGUUGCUCAGUCACACAUUAGAAUUGUGUUUCCUCCAGUACAUUAAAACCAAACAGCAGUGCUGCUUGUCUGUGGGAAAGCACCCUGAAUAAUGGUGGCUUUAAAAAUGAAAUUGUCAACCCUUUGUAGAGUCUUUCUCUGUAAUGCUGUGGAGUUUUUUUUUCUUGUGAUUCAGUUUGAUUUUAGCGCCAAUUGCUUGCUUCUGGAGUUAGGCUGUUUGUGUAAGAGAACUCACUAUUGCCUUUGGUUAGGGACUAUGACUAGAAACUGUCGUGUGCCUUCUCUCUUCACCCUGCUGGAACCCAGCUGUACCUGUGCCAUGAAGCAGUCGCAAAGCCAGAAUUUAUCUGCUGCCAAAAAGAAGAAGACAGAGCUAAUAAUUAGAGAAUACUUUAUGGUUGUCUUAGUUACUUCCACAAUAGAGGAUAAUGGUUUUUACUCUUCCCAGUUUGAAGACUGGAAAAAUGCAAUAUUGAAAGCCAUUGAGAGCAAUGCCUUCCUAAGACAGAUGAAUGUGUCAGGCGAGCAGGCAUUCCCAUGUGAAAAGCUGCCUUCCUUGUAGUUGUAAUGAACAGGUUAAAGUCUGGUAAAUGUUUAAAAAAAAAAAAGAAAGACAGUGGGUCCCCAUUUCAGUGUUUCUCUCCUCAAACUGUGGCAUUGGCUGACAUUGGGUUGGGGGCCUGGGAAUGUCAAUGUAGAAUCCACACAACGAGUCCCUCCCCAGUUAAACACUGGAGAAAGGCAGCUAAGACCUAGGUAGGAGGACAAACAUUUCAUUUACUGAUAAUGCUCAAUCAGACUGUACCUGAGUCUAAAGUAGCAACUUCUUAGGAUAGUUCUUCCUCCAUCUGAACCAAGCUGGAUUUGUCCUGUGUAUCAGGAUGAGUGAGGGCCUGCCCACUGUGGCUCAUAGUGAUUGAGUUUGGGAAUAAACCACUUGGGCUUCAGUGAUAACCAUAGUGCUUUUUAGAAAUCGCCCCUUUGUGUUGGCAACUCCAUUCAGCUAGAAUUGCUACUACUGUGGCUCUUGCUAAAAUUCCCUCUCUUGCUGAAGUUACUUAGGAAACGUGAGUUGGUGAGGAUACAUUCCCAGGAAAACCUACUCCAGAUGCUGAAGUGAUAACUCUGGGGAUGGACAGUCACCAGCACUGAUUGGUGACAUCUAGGACCCAGGAAGUCUGGGUCUGACUAAUGGAAAAUCCUUCCUGCUGUGAAUUAGUGCACAACUCCUCCCCAACUACAACUACCCAGAACCUGCUGGGUUAGAAGACCCUGCUGCUAUAGGACAUGAAUCAGUGAAUGUUGAUUGCA